GAAGGUGGAGAGGGGCUAAGGCAGACCCAUGGCUGCAGUGCAUCAUCCGGGGUGCCCACACAGGGACUCGCUCUUCUGGGAUGAAACAGACUGCCAAAACUACUAUGGGAUGUUGUCACUCCAUGAGGUCUUUGAAGUAGUUGGUUGUCAGUUGACACAAACUGACAUUGAGGUGUUGUCGUUCCUCCUGGAUGAAGCUUGUCCUGCUCCUCACCCUCUCGACCCAACAGGGUGGACAGUUGAGCCGUGUGGGGACGAUCCUAAUGACCAAGGUGUUUCUCCGAGUCCUGAGCUGCUAAAGGCCUGGAUGAAGUUGAAACCUCAGGGCUCCCAGGGUCCCCUAGUGGCCUCAUGCACCCCUAAGAGUGGGCUCGAGCUGUUGUUAGAGCUGGAGAAGCGAGGCUACCUCAGCGACGGGAAUCUGGAACCACUACUGCAACUGCUGAGAGUCCUCACUCGUCACGACCUGCUGCCGUUAGCGUCGCACAAGAGAAGACCGACAGUAACUCUGGAGAGACUGAUGCCUCACAUCAAAAAGCAGACAGACAUACCUCAACCAUAUUAUGCACAUCAUUUGAGAACUGGUAUUAUCCCCCCUGUGACUGAGCUAUCUGUUAGCAAGGGGAAGAAGAGGAGGGGAAAUGGCUGGAGCGGCAGGCCCAAGAAAACAACAAGAACUGUCCCACCUCUGCCCCCUCCACCACAAGCACAUAAAGACUUUUGCAAUAUCCGCCUGCGUGUCCGGGCCGAAUACCUGGAGCACGAGUCGGCUCUCCGUGAGGGAGUCUCGUCGGACAAGCAGCAGCCCCUGGAGCGGCAGUUUGAGUUGUUCAGCAAAGCCAACACUCUGCUUCACGCCAGAGACCUCGGGACCCUCGUCUGCGUCAUCAAGUUCACAGAUGUUGACAACCUGGAGUCCUUCUGGGCAGACUACCUCAGCGGAGCUCUGCUGGAGGCCAUGAAGGGAGUCUUCAUCACUGACUCCCUGAGGAGGGCCGCAGGCAGGGAGGACGUCCGCCUGAUGAUGAGUGUGGACCAGGACGACUAUGAGAAAGGCCGAAUGCUGCUGAGAGAUUGGAGAAUGGUGUCAUCUAGUGAGGGUGGGGUGGACUGAGACUUGCUGGGAUUAUAGGGGUGUAAGAUAUUAACUUUAAAUGAUGGAAUAAUAAGAAAUGAUGUAUGAAAAUAAAUGGUUUCAGGUUAAUCUGCAACCAUUUCCAUGGCCUCCUUUUUUCUUUUUUUUUGUUGCAAUCCAUGUGAUAACCACUAGAUGGCAGCUCUUACCAUUGGUUGUUUGAAAUCAUAAUCAGCCUUACAUUUUCACAACAGUCAGAUUUUGUGUUUAAAAUUACCUCUAUUUUAAAGAAAACUAAAUAAUAAUUUGCUUUCAUGAACAGGUGCCACUUUGUAGGACACCAGGAUGAGGCAGGAUCCAUCAGGAUAUGUCUUCUUAGACUCAGUGAGAACAAGAGCAAGCAAGAGUGUGCCAAAAUAAGUGGUAAGCCCCAUGUAAUAUUAUAAAUAUAAAAUAAGUUUAUGAAAUGAAUGUUAUGUUCAACAAGUGAUAGAAAAAUAACUACAUACAAACACUUCUGAAAUGAGAAAGGUGCUUCGUUUUCAAGAGCAUGUUGUACUUGAAGACUAAUAGUUCUAAGUAGCACUUCUUUAUUUAAACUGAUUUUAAAGGACAAAGAAACUUGCCAAGUUAAGUUUCUGAUCUUUAAAAAACGACAGAGUAGAGCACAGACGGAAAAGUGGUCCUCGCUCGGUAAAGAUUGACCCUUGUGUCCAACUUUGGAGAGUCGAGAACACGCAUACACACCUAGAUAACAAACAUGGGGUUCUCAGCCCUGUGUGCAACGAUAACUCCACAUGUGAUUGCCGUGGUCAAGUGGAUACGGCAGUUGCCAGUAGAUGACAGCAGUGAUUAGGGCUAGUCCUCAGCAGACCAUGGAAGAUUCAUCAUCCAAAGCUUGUCAACAGACACCCAGAUAAUGCAACGGUGGCUUGUGCCCGUGCUUCUAGCUAGGCCUCGGCAAGUGCCUCUCUCAGCAAGUAAAGCAGAGGACAGCGCGUCGGUCAAUAGAAGUGAUGUUGGGGAGAUCAAAAUCAAAAGUGCACAUCCCAGCUCACUCAGCCCUGCUAUGUAGGCCCAGUAGAGUGGCUCACGGACAGCUGUCGACUCACCCUGCUGGAACUAAUGCCUGGACUUCACUCAUAGAAGACGAUCAAUAAGCCCCCCCUCCGAACAGCCACGACUUAAGCAGGCAGACUCGCUACUGUCUGAAGGGCAGGCAGGCCAGGCAGAGGGAGGGACAAUGGACGUAUUUCUGUUUUGUUAAGUGUUGUUUUGAUACUGAAUUUGUACGUAUAAUUUUGAUUGUACUGUAUACUCAUAAAAGGAAAAACAAAUUCAGGGAAACAUUUUUGUUAAAAAUAAGAAUUUCUGUUGGAAUGCCAAUUAUUUUUGUGGAUGUCUGUCUAUAUAUGAAAUAUUAUUUCUGGUGAAUAAUAAAAGUUUACUGGCCUAAA